CAAUCCGGACAUAUUUCGGGAAACACAACUUGGUUCACGUGGGGCGUCGAGCACAAUCGAUCCCUGGUGGAGCACUGUUCGGAUCAUCUCAGCUGCUGGUGAAAAGUUUUCAGAAUAAAAUGCCAAAGAAAAGCCAAACAAAGACUGUAAAGAGACGAAGCAGUGAUGACGAGCAGCCCCCUCCCAAACAGAGCAGAGACGUCCCAUCACCUCUGUGCUUCAACAGCCCAGAGAGCCUGUUUCAGAGCCUCAUCCAGCCCAUGGGUACGGAGCAGUUUUUCAGGGAGUACUGGGAAAAGAAACCCCUCCAUCUCCAGAGGUCUGAUCCCAGCACAGCCUCCUACUACCAGUCUUUGUUUCAGCUGUCUGACCUGCAGAACCUGUGCUCCCACAAUCUGGAAUACUACAGGGAUGUCAAUGUUGUCCGCUGCAUCAGUGGCAAGAAGAAAGUGCUCAACAAGCAGGGGCAAGUGAAGCAUAGUGCACUCAGUAAGAGCUUUGUCCAGAAUAAAGCCACCAUCCAGUUCCACCAGCCACAGAGGUUCAAGGAUGAGCUGUGGAAGAUCCAGGAGAAGCUGGAGUGUUUUUUUGGAGCCUUGGUGGGCUCUAAUGUCUACAUCACACCACAGGAGUCCCAGGGCCUUCCACCUCACUACGAUGAUGUUGAGGUAUUUAUUCUGCAGCUGGAGGGACAGAAACAUUGGCGUCUCUACACUCCCACUGUUCCACUGGCAGCAGAGUACAGCUUGGAGUCAGAAGAGAGGAUCGGCAGCCCAACCCAUGAUAUCAUACUGAAGGCAGGAGAUCUUCUGUACUUUCCCAGAGGAACCAUUCAUCAAGCCGACACACCAGCAGGAACAGAGCACUCCACCCACCUGACCCUCAGCACCUACCAGAGAAUGUCAUGGGGAGAUUUGCUGCUGGACACGUUUCCCAGCUUGCUGUGUGACCACAGCAAGACUGAAGUCAGCCUGAGACAGGGGAUGCCCAGGAGACUCCUACUGGGUCACAGUAAAGGCCUGGAUACCAGCAGGCAGCUGGCUGCUAGCCUCAGAUCUCUGGCUGAUGAAAUGGAAAGAGGGAUGCAGGAAGUGCGCUCCACUCACAUGAAGAGAGACUUCAUCAUGAACAGACUGCCACCGUACACCCAGCUGGAGCUGCUGACCCCAUCUGGGAAGAUUCCUGCCUUGGAGGAUAUGGUAUGUUUGAAGUUUAAAGACUAUAUGGUGAUAACAGUGGAGCCCAGCCUAGAGAGAACAGAUGAAGCCACAGAGCUGGUAAUCUUCGUCUUGCAUUCUUUAAAGAACCAGAGGGAGAGCCACAUGAUGGGUGAAAGUUGUGAUGAACAGGAGGAGGAGGACAUCUCCAGGGGUCUGCAGUUCCCUCUGUCCCACCUCCAGGCCCUGCAGCAGCUGCAGCAGGCAGAGCAGCUGGCUGUAGAGGAGCUCCAGCUGCCCUCACAGGAGGACAAACUCAGCCUGGUCCUGGCUCUGUGGAGUGAGAGCCUACUGGCUGUUCUAUAGCACACCGCUGUUUCAAAUGUCACUGAAGUGAGGAAGGCGUACAAGCAACGCGGACAAAGAUUUUCCAACUUCUGAUUGUACUUUAUCUCAUCAAUCCCUGGAUUUUAUUUGUGUUCAUGUGCAUCCAUGUGAAAGUAAGUGCAGUGAUUAUUUUCCCUUUGUCUUUUGUUGGGUGAAGUGUGCCUUUAUUUCUGUUUACAGAACCACGGGUUACCAAAUGUAGUUCCUUAUUGUGAAUAAAUGCUCUGUGCCUUGUAGUGCAUUCAACAUAAGGAAAUAAAGUGCAGUGAAGU